AUGGUUGAGAAGGUUUAUACGCCGAACUUGAUGGAAGAUGAGCACUUGGACCUGCUGCUAAAAGGGGUUGAGAAAUUGAUGGAGAAGAGCUAUGGGAAUCCUUAUCGAACAUCUACUUUUCGGCUCCCAGAGCGAAAAGAAGGGAUCCAUGUGAAACCACCAGGAGAUCGAAUCGCAGCCGAUGAAGUCGACUACCUCUUCUACGGCGCUGAAGAUGUAGGAAUGCUAGCUGGCGAGUCAAGAGCGACAGACCUCGAUUUCGACGCUUAUGGAACAUCUCGUCAUUCAAAACAUCGUCCUGGCGAUCAUUCUUUCGAGCGAAAACAGCUGAGGAAUAUACUCGGGGAAGCGGGUAAAUACAACGGGGCGUUUUUGGACACAAGCGGAGAAGUUGAAAUUGGCGAAAAUGGAAUUUGGGCGAAAAAGACAAUCACCGGCGCUUCGAAUCUCGAGGAAUCUCUUUCAGCAGAAGAAGCGAAAUUUGAAGAUCUUCAGCCACUCGAGACAUGCCCGAAAUUCGCUCUAGAACUUGACCAAUCAAUUGAACCAGCGACAAAUCUCCGGAGCGAUAAAUUUCUUUCCGGAACUUACAUCUGGGGCCCAAACAAUCAGCUCCGCGGGAUGAGAGAGCUCAUUUUCAUGGCGAUCAAAAUGAAUCGAACUUUGUCAAUGCCUCCAUUUUUCAAACACUGGGCCUCCGACGAGUCCGCCAAGACUGACAGAUCUGCUCCCGUCGCUGCCGGAGCGAAGAUCGACUUGAAUCUUUUGAGGGAGUUUAUUCCGAUUGUUGAGCCGGAAGAAAUGGCGGAAAAUUGUGAUCAUGAAUUCGAUGAGUUUUGGGCGGCGAGGAGAGAUUUUUGCCAUGGGGACAAGAUGAACAGGAUCAAGUAUCAUCAAGAUAUUUUAGGUUACACAAAUAUCGACAUCGAAGAAGUCGGAGACCACCACGACAUGGAAGAAUACCAUUGCAUCUCGAACACUUCCCCCAUUUACCCCGAAUGGACCCAGCUCCCUGAAAAGAUGGGAAUUCUCCUCCCGAACUCAAAAGAAGCACUUGAGAAAUUGUACAAAAACGAAGGCAAAUGCGCUCUCUUCCUGAUGCCAUACCGAGCAUUUGACUUCAAAGACGUCAUGAUCGACGAGGACAAACUCGAUCUUCGCCAAGACAUUCGAGGAAGCAUUCAAGACGACGAGGAUAAUUUGUAUCCAGAAGUGCUCACACCAGAGGAGCAAAAGCUCAUGGGCGAGAUUGUCCUCCAUACACAACGGCCAAAAUAUGUUCGGGAUAUUUCUGAGAAAUUCAUUGAAGAAGUUUUGGGAGGAAUGAAUUAUGUUUCGAUUCAUUGGAGAUAUAACGUCGGCGAUUGGACAAGACACUGUAGGAAGAAGCCUUCGAUCCAGUGCGAUAUUGUCCAGCGAAUCAUCACAGAUGUCCAAUUCGUCGCCGAAAAUACCGCUGAAUAUGUCCAAACCUACAAUUAUGAAGCACUUGGUCAAAUGAAGCAUAAUCGAUUUCUCGACGGAAAAUUCAUGCUCGGAGAAACUGACGAGUCAGAGCGGCCAACAGUGAUUUACAUUGCUCAUCCACCGGAUCAGAGAAAUUUCGUCGAUGGAAUUAAAAAGAUCAUGAAGGAACAGUCUCCCGGCUUGACAAUUUUUUCCGGGUCCGAUUCUUUCAACUGGAUAAAUAAAUAUCUGGAAAAUUGCGACGAGUUCAAAGACGAAAUUCACGACGUUCACUCAAUGAUUGAUCAGCAAUUGUGUCUUCAUUCCAGAACUUUUCUUUGGGCAGUUGGGUCGAGCUGGUCGACAAAUAUUUUGAUGGAGCGGCAUCUUCAUGGAAAAAUCCACGGCGAUGCGAAAAAUACCGACAUUUUCGAGCGUGCUAUUUUGUCUGGCAACUAA